GGUGGGAACGGCUCCUAGGAAGCUCCAGGUGCCCAUUUGUUUCAGCCAGAUCCUCUUGGGGAAUCACUGCGGGCCAGUGAGCCAAGAGUCCUCGGUUUCUGCGCAAGAAAGAUCUUCACUAGAAUCCAGCAUGUCGAAUUUUUCCUCGAGAAAAAAGUCUCCUACUGGAAACGAUGCGAAGAGCACCCAGGGGGCUGCACUGAGACAGCAGGGCUUUCAUGAUGUGAACAAAAGAAGGGCUUUCUUGCAGGACAACAGCUGGAUAAAGAAACGUCCAGAGGAGGAAAAAGAUGAGAAUUACGGCAGGGUGGUGCUCAACCGGCAUAACUCCCACGACGCCUUGGACAGGAAAAUGGCUGAGAGAGAUGAGCCAAAAGCCACAAUUAGCCGGUACAGAUCUGAUGACGCUCUGGACAGAACACUGUCCACACUUAGGACACCAGAAACAACUAAGACGCCAGCUGGUAGCUCCUUUCAGGCAAACCCCACCACCACGGCUUCCACACCUGCGACCACCCCUGUGAAGAAAAAGAGACAGUCCUGGUUCCCACCACCCCCUUCUGGUCACAGCGCCUCUCCAAGCCCAGGAGCGAGCGGAAGGGAUCCAGCCGUUCACCCUCCAAUACCUCCAAAACCCCGCUCUCCCAUUGCAUCUCCUAAACAACUGAGACAGAAUAAUAGGCAGAUACAUGCAGCUACAUCAGGUGCAUAUGGAGAAGUCAAUAAACAUCUUGAAAGAAAUAUCAGGACUGAGGAUCUCGAUGACAUCAUCAGGGUGGCUCCUUCGCUCCAGAAAACUGACAAGGGUGAAGAAUUGGACAAUCUCAUCAGAAUGAACAAAAGCUUGAACAGAAAUCAAGGUCUUGACGGCCUCUUCCGAGCAAACCUGAAGGCACAGCAGAUAGACAAAAGAGCUCAGAGUCUUGAAAGUCUCAUCUAUAUGAACACCCAGAUGGAGAGAGAUGCCAAAGGGAAUCAAGCUUUUGGAAGUCUUAAGAAAAUCCAUCAAAGGACGGACAAAGAGAAGGGCCAAGGCCUCGGACCAGUUCCCAGAAUGAGUGUCACAGCAGACAAAGGCAGCAGACGAGGUAGAGAGCUUGAUAAUGUUAUGAAGCCCAAAGGACAUGAAAGCACCUCUGGGAAACAAGACCUUGAUGGACUGAUUAAAGUGAAUCCUGAAACACAUACAAAUAUUAAGAGGGGCCAGAGCCUUGACAAUCUGAUCAAAGUCACCCCAGAAGUAAACAAGAGUAACCACGGGAGUCAAAAUCUUGACAAUUUCAUUAAAGCUGCGCCCACAACCAACAGAGCUGACCAAGGCUAUGAGCAUGGCCUUGAUGAACGUAUUACUACACGAUCCAAAGCUACCAAAACUACUGCUGGACACCAAGAUCUUGAUAAGUUCAUCAAAGUGAAUCCUGAUGUUCUUGAAAACAAUCAAAGAAACCAUGAUCUGGAUGGCAUCAUCAGAGGGAAUCCUACGGUGACCAGACAAAGCCAAGACUUGGACAACCUUAUUAAAGUGAAGUCUCCUGCUCUUAGAAACACAAAUCAGCUCGAUGGCCAAGUCAAUGGAUUCACCAAAAAUCUACUCAAGGAGUCCACGAGAACCUCUGUCUAUUCUUAUGAGGCCAGAAACAGCCUCAGCCCCAAUGCUGGUACCAGGAAUGUUGGCCCUAAGGACACCGUUGUCUACACAAGGACGUAUGUGGAGAAUAGUAGAUCACCAAAGGACGGAUAUCAGGAAAAUAUCUCAGGAAAAUAUAUACAAACUGUUUAUUCAACUUCAGAUAGGUCUGUCAUUGAAAGAGAUAUGUGCACUUACUGCCGCAAGCCCUUGGGGGUAGAAACCAAAAUGAUUUUAGAUGAGUUGCAGAUCUGCUGCCAUUCCACCUGCUUUAAGUGUGAAAUAUGCAAACGGCCUUUGGAAAACCUGCAAGCCGGCGACAGUAUCUGGAUUUAUAGGCAGACUAUACAUUGUGAGCCCUGCUACUCUAACGUGAUGGCCAAGUGGAUUCAGUAACACUGAGAAGUGGAAAUGAAGAUGAAAAGCCUUCGCUGAGGAAUUUAAAGCUACAUUUUUAAGAAUAUAUAAUCUAGAAAGGGAUUCACAUUGAGGAUUAUCUCUUGUAUCAACAAUUUUGUUAUUGCACAAAUAAUGUAAUUACUUUGAAUAAGAUUGCAUACAUGAGAAGAGCCAUGUGGUAUUUGACAAGAUCUAGUGAUAAAACCUCACAUAGUUCUUGCUACCGAAGUCAAUGGCAGAGAGUAUUGUCACCCCUGCACAGGCCAGCACUGCUCCAUAUUUAGCUGCCCAUCAUGAUUUUCAAUAACCAAGUUUCCCAUCUUCUCACCUAUAUUCCCUUAAUAGUUUGUUUUAGCGCUUUAUUGAUACCCUGACAAAUAGGCUGAUAUAAGCAAGAUAUACUUCUUCUUUUUCCCACAAAUGAAAAUGCACGUAGAAAUUUUCUUACAAAAUUUUUCAAGAAGAGCAAUGUAACAAGUUGUUUGAAACUUUGAAAGUCACCUAAAGUUCCCAGACUUCUGUGAUGUUCUCUAUGACACCACAGACAUUAGACAAAGUAAUUUCUAAAGUCCUUUUUUACCUUUCCAGUUGUCUGAUUAUAAAAGAAAUUGGAAUUUCUGCUUAGAAACAUAUUUGUAAACAGUAUUGAGAUAUACAAAUAAUUUCACCUAAGCAUCAUCCUUUAGUUUACGACAGGCUUAUCUUUUAUAGACUAUUCUUAAAACUGAAAUUAAGAGUUUUGUGGGUGAUAGGUAAAGCCAUAUGAUGUGUAAUUUGUUAAACUUUCUUUGCAUGCAUUUCAAAAUCUGAGAAAUAAUAGAUAUGGAUUGCAAACAUGUUAUAUGUGUUCAUGUUACAGUUUAUGUUUACAGAAGGCUCAUGACAAUAAAAUGAUUUUCUCUAA